AUGUGCCUUCUUCGUAUUUCUCUCUUUUUUCCUUUCAUUGCUUCUUUCUUUCUUUGCUUCUUUCUUUCUUUCUUUGCUUCUUUCUUUCUUUGCUUCUUUCUUUCUUUCUUUGCUUCUUUCUUUCUUUCUUUCCUUCCUUCUUUCUUUCUUUCUUUCUCACUCCAACUCAUUAACAUUUUUCCUCGUUCAGAAUUUCUUCCACCCUCUCUCUUUUUCUAUGUCUCUCUCACUUCGUCUCUUUUACAUAUAUAUUUCCUUCUUUUCUCUCUCUCUCUCUCUCUCUCUCUCUCUGUUUCAUUCCUCACUUACUUUCUUUCUUCUUUCGUUCCUUCCUUCCUCCCUUUCAUUCAUUCUUUCUUUCUUUUUAAUCUUCCCUUCUCCUCUCCUUUUCUGGUUUUCCUACCCACCAGCUCUUCCACCAUUUCCUUCUCUUCUAUUUUUAUCAAUUUCCUUUCUUUCUUUGUGCUCCUCCGAUUUUCUGAUAUCUAUUCGACUGUUGAUCCAUUUCUAGCCGUCGUUAUCAACUCAAAGACUUUUCACUUGGUCACACUUGAUUUCUAUUGUCACUUUUUAUUCUUGAUAUAUUUUUUCUUCAUUUUUUCUCUAUUUUUAACCUUUUCUCUUUCUUUCUUAUUUUCUUUUUCUCUCUCCUUUUCUUCCAUCCCUCUUUUGCCACUUUUUCUCUGUCCUUUUCUUCCAUUCCUCUUUUGCCUCUUUUUCUCUGUCCUUUUCUUCCAUUCCUUUUUGCCACUUUUUCUCUGUCCUUUUCUUCCAUUCCUUUUUGCCACUUUUUCUCUGUCCUUUUCUUCCAUUCUUCUUUUGCCACUUUUUCUCUGUCCUUUUCUUCCAUUCCUCUUUUGCCUCUUUUUUUCUGUCCUUUUCUUCCAUUCUUCUUUUGCCACUUUUUCUCUGUCCUUUUCUUCCAUUCCUUUUUGCCUCUUUUUCUCUCUCCUUUUCUUCCAUUCCUCUUUUGCCUCUUUUUCUCUCUCCUUUUCUUCCAUUCCUUUUUGCCACUUUUUCUCUGUCCUUUUCUUCCAUUCCUUUUUGCCACUUUUUCUCUGUCCUUUUCUUCCAUUCCUUUUUUGCCUCUUUUUCUCUCUCCUUUUCUUCCAUUCCUCUUUUGCUUCUUUUUCUCUGUCUUUUUCUCUGUCCUUUUUUCUUUAUGUUCUCUUUGUCUUUGUCACCUUAUUCCUAUUCCUAUAUAAUUCUCUUCCUUUCUUGUUCUCUCUAUUUUUACUCUUUCUUUCAUUCUUUCUAUUUCUCUCUUUCUCUUUUAUCUCUUUUUUUUGUUCUUCUUUUUUCUCUUUCACUCUGUCGUUAUCUUUUCACUCUCUCUUUUAUUGUUCCUUUCUUGUUAUUUCACUCUCAUUUUUUCUUUCUUUCUGUCUCUAUUUUUUUUCAUUUUCAUUUCUUUUAACUUAA